CUUAGCGUUGUUCACGCCUCUCCACCUUAGACCCAGGAACUUGGGCAAGGGAUUGAGAAUAGAAACUGACCCAAAGGGGUUACACAAGGACUUCCAGUCCGACCUUAAAGCAUUCCACUGCUUCACUACAAUGACUUUACCCAGGAGGCCACCCCAUCCACAGUCACCUCUAGGCCUUGGCUCAUCCUGGUGACAGAGAUAUUAAGCUGUGGUCUGCCUGUCUCAGGAGUUUGGAGUGUGACCACGGAGGCUCUAGAGAUGGUGGAUUCUCAGCCAAAGCCUCAGAAUGCGGUCACCAUCGCGGUGUCCUCCAGAGCUCUGUUCCGAAUGGAUGAGGAACAGAGGAUCUACACGGAGCAGGGCGUCGAGGAGUAUGUGCGAUACCAGCUGGAGCACGAGAAUGAACCCUUCAGCCCCGGGCCCGCCUUCCCCUUUGUGAAGGCCCUGGAGGCUGUGAACAAGCGACUUCGGGAGUUGUACCCUGAUAGCGAAGAUAUCUUUGACAUUGUCCUCAUGACCAACAACCAUGCUCAGGUGGGAGUUCGUCUCAUCAACAGUAUCAACCAUUAUGACCUGUUCAUUGAGCGAUUCUGCAUGACAGGUGGGAAUAGCCCCAUCUGCUACCUCAAGGCCUACCACACCAACCUCUACUUGUCAGCCGAUGCAGACAAAGUGCGAGAAGCCAUCGAUGAGGGGAUUGCAGCUGCCACCAUCUUCAGCCCCAGCAGGGAUGUGGUUGUGUCCCAGAGUCAACUUCGCGUGGCCUUCGAUGGGGAUGCAGUACUCUUCUCCGAUGAGUCAGAGCGCAUCGUCAAGGCCCAUGGGCUGGACAGAUUCUUUGAGCAUGAGAAGGCCCAUGAGAAUAAACCUUUGGCGCAGGGCCCCCUAAAGGGCUUCCUGGAAGCACUGGGUAGACUGCAAAAGAAAUUCUACUCCAAGGGCCUGCGUCUGGAGUGCCCGAUUCGCACGUAUUUGGUCACCGCGCGCAGUGCAGCCAGUUCCGGAGCCCGGGCCCUCAAGACCCUGCGCAGCUGGGGCCUGGAGACGGAUGAGGCCUUAUUCCUAGCUGGAGCACCCAAGGGUCCCCUUCUUGAGAAGAUCCGACCACACAUCUUCUUUGAUGACCAGAUGUUCCACGUGGCUGGAGCUCAGGAGAUGGGCACGGUGGCCGCCCAUGUGCCUUAUGGUGUGGCUCAGAAUCCCCGGCGGGCUGCCGCUGCGAAGCAGUCAUUAGGUGCGCAGUAGCUGAGCCACCUUGCUCCAGGUCCCCUGUCACACUUCUGAACUUCAUCUGGUGAACUUUUCUGGCUCCUCGCAGUCCACCCUCCUGCAUGCCGCCGUCAACCCUCGAUGCCAGGUACUCUUAGAAAGUUAUGAAAAUAGAACCAGCAGUCUCAAAACCCCUUCGGGGCAAACACAGCCAUGACCCUGGCUAAAAAGCAGGGCUCUGCAGGGUAGUCCGGCUGUCAUGGAGAAAUUGGUGGGAGAGAGAGUAGUGUGGUCAGAGAAGCCAGGAUGCCAAAGGCUUGGAAUGAAAAAUGUCUCAUGUAGUGCAAAGAACAUUGUGUGAGAGUGGGUAGGUUUAACAUCUAAAGCGGACCUAGCAUGAACUGCAUGCCUUAAUUCCCGUUUCCUAAGCCUCAUUUACUUCCACCUUUUAGGUGGUUUUCAAUUUGUUCUUUAGCCAAAGAAGCUUGGUUUUAUAGGAUUAAGCACUAAAUUAAUCACUGUGCUGGGGCUGCUGGUACCUAUGGCACCUGUGUAGAUUACAAAACUAAUGGCCUGGACAUAGGCUAGAUUCCAGCCCUUUGCCCCUCAACCCUGAAGCCCACCAAAUGGGAAAUAUGCACAGCAAUGCCCAGAAGCUCUGUAUAUACUUUCCCAUGUUUAGAAACCACUGCACAAGAUAACCUUUUGCUUGCUGUGAUUUGCUAACCUGAGCCAUGGAGAACUGCUACCUGGAAGGUUUGUCUGAAGACAUGAAGGGAGGAAUGUGACCCACAUGCAAAUUCUCCUGUAGCCAGCAGGGGGCACUGCAGGCUCUCCCUGGAGAAGGCUUUAGCAACUUACCAACUCUGGGCUCCCUUUGCCUUCAGCUUUUAGGCAAAGUUCAGUUAGUCCUGUCUGCCAAUCUCCUCACCUCGGUCCUGGGUCUGCCAGUCACUUCCACCUGCCAUGCUAUAAGGAAGUUCUCCUAGCAGAGAAAGAACUCUAGCCCCAAAUUUGUAGAGAGCAUAGACUCUAAAGCAAGUCGUUGUCCAGACUGAACCUGAGGUGUAGGUGCUACAGAUAUGGGAAGGUCUGUUCUGAAACCAAAGAUGCUAAGGAAGUGAUCGCUUAGAGAGCAAUGAGCUGAAUGUGCACCAGCGUGAUUCUGCUGUGGAUAGUGAGCAGAAGCCAGUUAGAGCUACCCUGGAAGUGAUACGCUGUCGUGGGGUGCCGUGCAAAGGAUUCUGGGAUGAGCUGACCUCCCUGGGAGGUAUUAGCGAUUACUCCAUCUUUGCACGAAUCUUCUCCACAUGAUGAGUGAUGAUCCACCUCCUCCUUUGCUAAGCAGCCCUGGAACUCAGAGGAAGGGUGGAAGAGUGGAUAGUUGGUUCCCUGUGAAGACAAGAAGGGGCAAGCAGACAUGAUUGUGUGCGCUGACUACCUGGCUCCCACAGGGAUUUCAGCAAUGAGUGGAUCCAGAAGCAUCAUCAGAGGGCCAGGAACUGCGGAGGGCCCGAGGAGAGGAGCCCAGAGGUAGGGUGAAGGGCAGCUGGGGACUCUAACCUCUGUCCUUCUAGGCAUUUGAAUCAGGAUCUGAAUGAAUAUGUGUUCUGGGCAGUGUGUCCCAGGGUGACAGCUGCAGGAAAGAGGAAGAAGGUGCAGGGACUCCCAGAAAUGAGCACCAACGUGGCCCAGAAGAGAAACCCUGGGCCAGGCUUGCACUACUGUGUCUGUGGCAUACAGAGGCUAUUCCUGGAAGGAAUGUGAGGUUGGCACCCACCACAGCUGCUUUAUGGGGACACUGGCAUUAUUGCAGUCAGAAGGGCAUGAGGUGAAGGUGUCUUUACACAGGGCCAUUUUCAUCAUUAUAACCAGGACCCUUCAGGACAUCAGAGGAGGCCUGGGGAUAGAACAAAGUCUGUAAGGGGAUUCCUGCACUAUUGGUACCCCACGCCCAGCCAGAGAUGCUCUGUGCCCUAAGAAAAGCUGCAACGAAAGGAAAUGGGGAAGAGAGAGGAAGCUCGGCCUCAGGACACUUCCCAUCUUCACUGGGUCACACAACAGCCCUUGAAGGAUCUCAGCAGAGGCUCACAGUGAUCACAAGAAGCUUGUAAGGAUGUACAGAGCAGAGGCCCACAGACUGUCCUUACAUUGUCCAGUCAGAAAAGACCCAUGUACUGUGAAGACAGCACCAGAUGUUGCUGAUUUGGGAUCUGGGAUACAUGAUAUCUAGUGCCCACGGCCUGGUCAUGAAGGCUGCAAACGCUCCCAGGUUUCCCAGGAAACAGGAAUGGUGCCAUGCCAGAGCAAGAAGAUAAGGUGCAGGAAAGGGCUGUGGCUUUCACUGGAGCCAUCGUUAAUAGAUACGGACAGCGCUUGACAGUGCAGAACGGUCCAAAUUCUAUUACUGAAACCACAGAUGAGCAUCUUGGUCCUGGACAAAAGCUUUUGAGGCUAGAACAAUGGGCCAGACGUCCUUGGGGCAGGCUCUAGCUGCAGCCAGACAGUCUUCCUGGUGACCCCCCGAGCUGAAGAGGAGCCUGGCAGCAUAAAGCUUUAUUUAUUGAUUGUGUUACCAGGAGAUUUAAAAACCUACUGAACAACAAAAGCCCCAGGCGAAGCUCAGACUGCAGCACUGGGGUAGAGGAGACACCGCUCCCAGAACACUGGACCCCUUUAGCAGGAAGUACCACAUCCCUAGGUCUGGCAGGACACUCCUCCUAGAAAGUGCUUGCCAACAGAAUUCCAGGCCCAGUAGAACGGUCACUCAGCAGAACAGUAGCUCUGCUUGUUAUUAAGCAUGGAGACUGUUAAGAUUGCCAUAGAACUCCCUGCAGGGGAGGGAGGUGUAGUUGGACAUCUGGCUCAGUUGGUAGAAUGCUUGCCUACUGAACACAAAACACUGGAUUCAACUCACAGCAAUGCAUACACUGAAUAUGAUGGGGCACACCUAUGCUUCCAACCCUAGAGAGAUGAAGGCAGGAGGAAUCAGAAAGUCAAGGUCAGCUGCGCAGCCAGUCCACAGCCAGUCUGGAUUACAUGAGACCCCAUCACAAAAAGAAGGAAGCAAACUUUCCCCUUCAUGAUGGCCCAACUGCAUUCGUGGGAAUGGAGCAGAAUAUGUUCGAAAGAAAAUGGAAGCUAGCAAGAUGUUCAAAUCCAAAAUGGACUUGAUGUUUGCACCUCCCCAUUCAAUUAGUGUGUAUCCAUGCAGUCAAAGCAAUGAUCAGAAUGUCAAAUGUAGUAAAUAGCUCUGCCCCAAGCCCCUGGGUAUCCCUUGAUAAUGUCAGCUGCCCACUCCCCUCCACUGGAAAUGCAUUUUAUGGUAAUCCAGCCUGCCUGAGGAUAGACCAGUACAGUGGCCCCUGUCUACUCCCUUGAGGUAUCGGGGCCAUACAGAUUCAUGGAACUACCAUAAUUUGCUCAAUGUUACCCAGCUACCAGAUGUCAGUGCUGGGACACCCUCACAAUGGAAUGUUCCAGAGUCCACUACAAACAUGGUAAGCCGUCCUACCUACUGUCACGGUUGUACAUCAUGUCACUAGCCCAUCAUGAUAGUCCCCCUUACAAAGCCCAGGCGUGGCCUUGGAUUCUGCAGGCAGCAUUUCAGGACCCUGUCCCAGCUGGAGGUGCAUGAAAGCUGGAACCUGAUUUAUUAACUGCUCUAGAGGACCAUCGCUUUCCAACAGGUGUGCAUGGUCUUUGAUGGUCCUUCACUGAUGCUAUGGUAGGGCUCCAAGGAGGCCAGCUUCUCACCUGUCUCCAGCGGAAUAUGAGGAUGAGAAGGAGGAGGAGGACCAUUGGCCCCAUGGCUGGCAACUUCACUGAAAAGGGUUCCUGAGACACAAUCCUGGGUUCUACCCUUAAGGCAAGGUGCAGAGACCUCUCCUGCCAGUAGGUGACACUGCAGGCUGGCACGCAGCUGCCCCUGUAGUGCCUGGCUUAUUUCUCUCUCCUCCUAUGCUACUGAUUACUGUGCUGGACUCUAGCAGCCAGAAAGGACUUCAGGUGCUCUGACAAUGUUCGUGAAACAUCUCUGUAUGAUGAGCUGAUGGCUCUCACCGAAAACCACUGUGAUGGUGUGUGUGGAGAAACACCUAUGGAUGUGCCCCUCUGUACGGACUGAGUAUGCGUUUACGGGUGUAAUAGCUCAUGUUUCUCUGCUGAGGACUCCUGUGUGCAAGUGUGUCUGUCUCAGUGUAUCAUGCACGCACACUUGCAAGCUUGGAGUGUGUACAGACAGUUCAGUUAUCUGAGGAUCCUGGGCCCCACUUGCUGAUGACCAGCAUCGCUCCUGGGGACUCACAUCAUUUCAUGGGCAUUGCAUGCGCAUCACCUGAGGCCCCCGAGGCCAGACCUCUCAGUCUUCCUCUCUAGCUUUCUGCUUCAGUUCCACUUCUGUUGCCUCUGACCUCUCUGCCUCCUACCCCUGCGGCUUUGGGGAGGAAGUGGCAGGAUCUGCCCCCACCUGACUCAAUCUCCACGCAUCUCAUCCCUCUUCCCAACAGUGCCAGGGUUAAUAUGGUCCCAUUAGGAGCUACCUUGCGGCCACCAAUAGGAAAGCUGACUUCCUUCUGGGUUUCCUGCUCUUGCCAGACAUGCUUUAUCUAUGACCUUGAUUGGGAAGUGUCUCCCUGAUGCCCCUCCCCCUCACCUCCCCCCACAUCCAAGAGGGUCUAGAGAUUGAAUGAAUCAUGUUUGCAAAAUAAGACGAACCAAAACUCUGCCGAGCAGUGUCUCACACUCCUGGCCAAGGCUGAAUAUGCCUCUGUGGCUGCCUGCCACUGCUCAAGGCUAAACUUGGAGCUGACACUGAUCACAAAGUUGCCAAGGUCAUUGCAAACAUACUGUGUGUGUGAGGGGUCACAAACGCUAUGUCUACAGGAGCCAUACAGGAGAUAGGCACAAAGAGCACUGGGCAAGGUCUUGAGAAGAAAAAUAGCACCAAGAAUCCAGCAUACCCUUGCCACAUAGGAAUUUGGGCUGGUGGGCCCUGGUGUUCCAUCUUUUGUUUUGUUUUGUUUCGUUUCGUUUCGUUUUCUGAGAAAUUAGAAAUUUGAACUUUCAAUUAUUGGCAACCAUUUCAAGUUUAGAAAACUUUAUACAGGCCAAAAGGAGCUUAUGUUGUUAGCCAAAUCCACCCCUCCAAUCUCCAAUUUGCUCAUUCUGGCUGAAGCCUAGUGAAUUAGAAUUUUUAGACCCAAGUUACUGAGGAUGGAAGGGACAUUACUCUCAGAAUCUCAGCUUGGGUUUUUAAGAGACCAUAGAUAUGCCAUAAAAUAUCCCUGGUGUUUUAAGUGCUGGGAUACAAGCAGGGUUUGGAAGUGCACACCUGUUUUCCCAGCACUAAAGAACCUGAGAUUGGAGGAUGCUAAAUUCAAGGCCAGCCUGGCCUACAUAUCAAGACUCUAUUAGAAAAAAAAAAUGAAUGAUACUGAAUAUGGUUG